AGGGGCAGCUCUUGCUUUUGCUGCUGCUGCUGCCGCCGCUGCUGGGUGCGGGUCUGUCAUGGCGCUGGAGACCCUUUCGCCGGACUGGGAGUUCGACCGCGUCGACGACGGCUCUCAGAAAAUCCAUGCUGAAGUGCAGUUGAAGAAUUAUGGAAAAUUCCUGGAGGCAUAUACGUCUCAGCUGAAGAGAAUUGAAGAUGCACUGGAUGAGUCCAUAGGAGAUGUUUGGGACUUCAAUCUUGAUCCCAUUGCAUUAAAUCUUUUGCCUUAUGAACAGUCUUCCCUACUCGAACUCAUAAAGACGGAAAAUAAGGUCCUGAACAAAGUCAUCACUGUGUAUGCUGCUCUUUGCUGUGAAAUCAAGAAAUUAAAAUAUGAGGCAGAAACAAAAUUUUAUAAUGGCCUCUUAUUUUAUGGAGAAGGAGCUAUGGAUUCCAGUAAGAUAGAAGGAGAUAGCCAAAUACAGAUGGGAAGAUUUAUUUCCUUUUUACAGGAGCUGUCUUGUUUUGUCACACGGUGCUACGAAGUGGUGAUGAAUGUAGUUCAUCAGCUGGCUGUCCUUUAUACCAGUAACAAGAAUGCCCCUAAAGUUAUAGAGACGUCAGGAGUUCAUUUUCAGGCUAUGUAUGAACAUCUGGGAGAACUGCUGACAGUUUUACUCACAUUGGAUGAGAUAAUAGAUAAUCAUGUCACCCUGAAAGGUCACUGGACCACGUACAAAAGGUUACUAAAAUCUGUCCAUCACAAUCCUUCUAAAUUUGGGGUCCAGGAAGAUAAAUUGAAGCCAUUUGAAAAGCUGCUAUUAAAACUAGAAAGCCAAUUACUGGAUGGGAUGAUAUUCCAGGCUUGUAUAGAACAGCAAUUUGAUUGCCUUAAUGGUGGUGUUUCGAAGAACAGUACUUUUGCUGAGGAGUUUGCACAUAGUAUUCGCACAAUAUUUGCAAAUGUUGAAUCUAAGCUUGGUGAACCCUCAGAAAUUGACCAGAGAGAUAAGUACGUAGGAAUUUGUGGGCUCUUUGUACUGCAUUUUCAGAUUUUUCGGACUGUAGACAAGAAAUUUUACAAAUCAUUGCUGGACAUUUGCAAAAAGGUGCCAGCUAUCACACUUACUGCCAAUAUCGUUUGGUUUGCUGACACCUUUCUGAUCCAGAAGAUGCCAGAUGCUGCCAAGCUUCUGGACAGGAAAAGUUUUCAUUCUGUUAAACUACACAGAGAGAGUUUUUUACAGCAGAAGUCUCAGUCACUUAUCAAAGAAAUGCAAUCAUACUAUGUGUUUGUAAGUUCAUGGAUGAUGAAAAUGGAAUCUAUUUUGUCAAAGGAACAACGAAUGGAUAAGUUUGCAGAAGAUCUCACUAACAGGUGCAACGUUUUUAUACAGGGCUUCCUGUAUGCUUACAGUCUUAGUAACAUCAUUAAAACUACAAUGAAUCUACAUAUGUCAAUGCAGAGGCCAAUGACUAAAACCUCAGUUAAAGCAUUAUGCAGGCUUGUGGAACUUCUCAAAGCAAUAGAACAUACAUUUUACAGAAGAAGUAUGAUUGUUGCUGAUUCAGUCACACACAUAAUUCAACAUCUUCAGUAUCAGGCUCUUAAUGCUAUUGCUGUAGCCAAGAAAAGGGUAAUUUCUGACAAAAAGUACAGCGAACAGCGCCUUGAUGUACUCUCUGCUCUUGUAUUGGCUGAGAACACUCUCAAUGGUCCGAGCACAAAUCAGAGGCGACUUGUUAUUUCCCUUGCCCUCAGUGUGGGUACACAAAUGAAAACGUUUAAAGAUGAAGAGCUCCUUCCUCUUCAAGUAGUUAUGAAAAAGUUGGCCUUAAUCAGUGAACUUAGAGAACGAGUCCAAGCACAGUGUGACUGUUGCUUUUUGUACUGGCACAGAACUGUGUUUCCAAUUUAUCUGGAUGAUGUCUAUGAAAAUGCAGUAGAUGCUGCUAGGUUACAUUACAUGUUUAGUGCAUUGCGGGAUUGCGUACCAGCUAUGAUGCACUCAAGGCACUUGGAAUCCCAUGAGAUUCUUCUUGAAAGCUAUGACAAAGAAAUUAUGGAUGUUUUAAAUAAGCACCUCCUGGACAAAUUAUGCAAAGAAAUAGAAAAGGACCUGCGUCUCUCUGUGCACACACACUUAAAGCUAGAUGACAGAAAUCCAUUCAAAGUUGGAAUGAAAGACCUUGCCUACUUCUUCUCUUUGAACCCGAUUCGCUUUUUUAAUCGGUUCAUAGAUAUAAAAGCCUAUGUGACGCACUACCUGGACAAGACUUUCUACAAUCUAACCACAGUAGCUCUGCAUGAUUGGGCCACAUAUAGUGAAAUGAGGAAUUUAGCAACUCAGCGCUAUGGCUUAACUAUGACAGAAGCACAUCUUCCUAGCCAGACUUUAGAACAGGGUCUUGAUGUUUUGGAAAUUAUGAGGAAUAUUCAUGUAUUUGUAUCCCGAUACCUCUACAAUCUCAAUAAUCAGAUCUUCAUUGAGAGAAUCAGCAAUAACAAGCAUUUGAACACCAUAAAUAUCAGGCACAUCGCUAAUUCAAUUCGAACACAUGGUACAGGAAUAAUGAACACAACAGUAAAUUUCACAUACCAGUUUCUGAGAAAGAAGUUUUAUAUCUUUAGCCAGUUCAUGUAUGAUGAACACAUAAAAUCCAGGCUCAUCAAAGAUAUCAGAUUCUUUAGGGAAGUUAAAGAUCAAAAUGAUCACAAGUAUCCCUUUGAGAGAGCAGAGAAAUUCAACCGGGGGAUCAGAAAACUUGGUAUUUCACCUGAUGGACAAAGUUACCUUGACCAGUUCAGGCAACUUAUAAGCCAGAUAGGGAAUGCUAUGGGCUACGUACGGAUGAUAAGAUCUGGCGGACUUCACUGCUGUAGUAGUGCAAUUAGGUUUGUUCCUGAUCUUGAAGAUAUCGUUAAUUUUGAAGAACUUGUGAAAGAAGAAGGUCUCUCGGAAGAAACACAAAAAGGAGCCAGGCAACUGGAUUCUGUACUUGGUGAUCUCACACGCAACUCUGCAGAAGGGACAGAGUACUUCAAAAUGCUUGUGGAUGUGUUUGCUCCUGAAUUUCGCAGUCCAAAGAACAUGCAUCUACGGAACUUCUAUAUAAUUGUUCCCCCACUGGCUCUCAACUUUAUAGAACAUUCAAUUGGUUGCAAGGAGAAAUUGAAUAAAAAGAAUAAAGCUGGUGCAGCUUUCACUGAUGAUGGCUUUGCCAUGGGUGUAGCUUACAUUUUGAAGCUUCUGGAUCAGUACCAAGAAUUUGACUCCAUUCACUGGUUCCAGUCAGUACGAGAAAAGUAUGUGAGAGAGAUCAGAGCAUUAGCAAAACAACAGAAUGUCCAAUCGGCUAGUCAAGAUGAAAAGCUGCUACAGACUAUGAACCUCACUCACAAGCGACUGGAAGUUUGUUUGCAGGAGUUUGAACUACUUUAUUUUUCACUAAGCAGUGCAAGGAUCUUUUUUAGAGCAGAUAAAACUGCAGCAGAAGAAAAUCAAGAGAAAAAAGACAGAGAAGAAGAAUCUGUAAAAACAAACGAUGGAGACCUGUCCAACUCUACUUCUGCAGAUCCUAUUGUGAAAUGAGAGCCUUGAAAUCUUCAUUGAAUCGGAUGAGACCAAUCUGGCAUGGAGCGUUUCACCUUCUGAAUCUUGAUGGUGACCCAAAGUGCUAUCAAGUUUACAAUAAUCCAUACUCGUUCAAAAUUUGCAGUUCAUCCUUUCUGUUGAAGUUUCACUAAAAUAAGCUCUUCACCCUAACUUAUGAUUUGUGGGGAGGAUUUGCUUGUUUACUUUGAUUGCAGUUUCAUAACUUUAAUUCUCUUGCAUUUUGUUUGAUUGAAUCAGACAUCAAAUAACAUCUUAGGCAUUGAUGUUGCUUUUCUUAUUGUAUUAUGUCGCUGUUUCAAAAUCUGCCAUAGUCCAUAGACCUUUGGAAUCCAAAGAACUUGCCAUCUUAAAGAGUCAACCUCUGUCUUUCAGAGAUUGACACUGUACAAACAUGUAAAUUUUAAGGCACUUCGCUGCUGUAAUAAACAUACUCAUUCCCAUUUCUCCUUUUUGGCCUCUAAUUUGAGAGAAUCCUUAGCUUAAAGCAUCACAUGUGCCUGGACAGUAGUGCUAACCAAACUAACAUGAACUUAGUGACACAUCCUUAGUCUUCACCUGGCUCUAAACUCAUGUACAUGUAGUGCUUCUGUGAAUAUAUAUAUAUAUAUAUAUAUAUAUAUAUAUAUAUAUAUGUAUGUAUGUAUGUACAGUAAUAUAGCUUUCUUUGUGAAUAUAGGAUGGUAAUCACUGAACAUCUUUCAUGCUGUAGAACCAAUUAAAAGAUGAAUAAUUUGGGUCUUCAAUGCGACUUCCAGUUGACAUUAUUAGAGCAGGUAGCAAUACAUUCCUACUGGUGACAUGGAAUGGCAUCCCCAUAAGCCUUUACAUUUCAUGUGGCUUCAGGUAGACCUUUUGCAUCUGCUGAAUGUAGAGAAGGUAGGUUAAAACUGGGAGAAUUAUAGCCAUGCAAAAGGGAAGGGGGUCAUUAAAUUGAUACAGAGGUACUGUUUCUCCUCUCAUACCACUUUUUAAUAAUCUGCCUUUAAGCAUAACUGCAGUAGCUAUGAUAUCACUAUCAUAGGCUUUGUUUACAAAUGCCAGAAAUAAAGGGAAGUGUUUUUUUUAUUUUUUAAAUGCAUUUUACAUACUUUUGGCUUGUGAGGAACUCUUCUUUUCCAUGAAGUGUGUAACAGAACAUUAGUUUACAAUCCGUUACGGAAGAAGAUACACUUGGCUAUUACACGGUCUUAAAAUGCUUUUCCAGAAUAGAAUCACCAGACCUACCACGAGUGGCAUGGAAGGAAUAAAAAGUGGUAAAUGAAUCAGUCCAGCGAAGUCAUCAGUACUUUGGACACUUGUAUGUUUGAGCUUCUGACUGAGGUGCAGAUUUGAGGUCCUGUUGCAUGUUGUCAUUGAGUUAAUUUGACCAGUUCCAUCUGAUAGCUAUGUUCAAAUUCUCAGGAAUGAAGGGGACCAAAUAUAACAUGUCUUACUCUGAUUCGCUGUUACCUCAGUUUUUGUUCUAUUAAGAUAUUCUGUACAUAAUGUUAAUAAAUGUAACUUUGAAAAGUGGAUUUA